CAAGGAAAUGAAGCUCCUUUAUUAAUUAGUAGCCGCCUCUCUCUCCAUCUCUCACCUAUCCUUUACAUCCUUCUACUACCUUUAAACGUCUAUAAAUUGCACUCUUAGCACCUUCAGUUCACAUACAUACUCACACACUUCAUUCAUUCAUUCAUACUAGGUAAGUUACGCACAUACAUAGAGAGAGAGAUGGAGUCAUUCCCAGUCAUCAACAUGGAGAAGCUAGAGGGAGAAGAGAGGGCUUUGACCAUGGACCUCAUCAACGACGCCUGCGAGAAUUGGGGUUUCUUUGAGCUGGUGAAUCAUGGGAUCUCACCAGAGCUAAUGGAUGAGGUGGAGAAGCUUACAAAGGAGCACUAUAGGAAGUGCAUGGAGCAAAGGUUCAAGGAAUCGAUGGCAAUCAAAGCUCUUGAAGGGGCUGAUGCCAGCAUCAAUGACAUGGAUUGGGAGAGCACCUUCCACAUUCGACAUCUCCCUGAUUCAAACAUGUCCGAGAUCCCUGAUCUUAGUGAUGAGUACAGAAAGACAAUGAAAGAGUUCGUGGUGAAAUUGGAGAAACUAGCAGAAGAGCUACUGGACUUGCUGUGUGAGAAUCUUGGGCUAGAGAAAGGGUACCUGAAGAAGGCAUUCUGUGGGACCAAGGGACCUACAUUUGGGACCAAGGUCAGCAACUACCCUCCAUGCCCACGCCCAGAGUUGAUCAAGGGCCUGCGGGCUCACACCGACGCCGGCGGCAUCAUCCUACUCUUCCAGGACGAUCGGGUCAGUGGUCUCCAGCUUCUCAAAGAUGGGCAGUGGAUAGAUGUGCCCCCCAUGCACCACUCCAUAGUCAUCAACCUUGGUGACCAACUUGAGGUGAUCACAAAUGGAAAGUACAAGAGCGUGCUGCACCGUGUGGUGGCCCAGACGGAUGGAAACAGAAUGUCCAUUGCUUCAUUUUACAAUCCGGGGAGUGACGCCGUCAUCUUUCCGGCACCGGCACUUGUAGAGAAAGAAGAAAAGGAGUGUAACCAAGUGUAUCCCAAGUUCAUUUUCGAGGACUACAUGAAGUUGUAUGUGGGCCAGAAGUUCCAGGCCAAGGAGCCAAGGUUCGAGGCAAUGAAGACCAUGGAUACUCUGAAUUUGGGUCCCAUUGCUACUGCAUAAGUGGGGCUAUCUAUUCCUUUAAAAAAUGAUCAUGGGGUGGUUUUGUUUGUGCUUUAGAUUUUAAAAUUCAAAGGUUGAGAUUAGUCUACUUCUUUUGCAAUGAUUAAUGAGAGUCUCCCAUCUCCCACGCUGCGGGACCUUUUAUGUAGAAAAUGACCCAGCAUCGCCAUAUGUUUUUAAGAAUUUAUGUAUUAUUUUGGACUUUUAAGCCCUCA